GGACAAAGGACUGGUGGCUGGGCCUCUUGCCCCAAACGAACCUUGGUUUCACCACUGGGGAAAGAGGCUCCUAGGACCUCUGUGUCCCUAGACGUGGCUUGACCAUGCUCACAACGGAGCCCUAGUCCCUGCCUGGGCGCCAGUGCCCCUUUUCCCUGUUCCCGCUAAAACAGGCCCGUGAAAACUACAACUCCCAGGGCGCCUCGCGCGGGGCUCGGCCUCCGGGAGUCAGGUGGCGCAGGUCAGGUGACCGCGAGUCCGCCCCGAUUAGUCCACCAGGCUGCUAGGAGCUCCGUGCACUCCGAAGCCACGUCUGGCGCGAGCUUUCUGCGUCCGGUGAGAUCGGCUCCUGAGCCCGGGAGACUCUCAGGUGAGCAUCCGAGCGGCCCCAGGGCCUACCCCCAAUUGCCCGAACAGACCCUUGAGACCCAGAGACUGGCCUCGCCUUGGUGGGACAGCCUGCUGCGGGUCAAGCCCCGCCCCGCCGCCCCUGGACUCCGGUGGCCCCGACGACCACUCCACGCCCAGACACCUGGACAGCCUCGGCUUGAAGGGUCGGGGUGUCGGUGCAUGAAGGCGGGGACACCAGCCGGGAUGUCAGGGUAAUGUGGGUGGCUCUCCUCGCUUCUUGCUCCGUUACCUCCUGAAGCUGCGUUGGAGAGUAUGCACGUUGCUUUGGAAAGGCGAGAUGCCCAGAGGACCAUUCCCUGGAGCUCCUGCUGACUUGUCCAGUGCUGGGCUUCUGGGGACUAGGCAGGAGGAGACGCUCCACCCUGCCCUCUUGGGUUCUUAGACUGGAGGACACCUGGGUCCUGCCUUGUGACUUCUUGUUCUGAGAAAUCAGAGAACAUGGUAAAGGAUUUGCUGCUUAUUUUUAUCCUUUUCCCCCUGAGUCUCAUAGAGAAUUGUGAGUCUACUGUCAGCCUCACUGUCCCUCCCAUUGUGAAGCUGGAAAAUGGCAGCUCAACCAAUCUCAGCAUCAGCCUUGGGUAUCCAUUAAAUGCAACCUUAGUGAUCACUUUUGAAAUCACAUUUCGUUCAAAAAAUAUUACUAUCCUUGAUCUCCCUGAUGAGGUUGUAGUGCCUCCUGGAGUGACACAUUCUUCUUUUCAAGUGACAUCUCAAAAUGUUGGACAAGUGACAGUUCAUCUGCAUGGAAAUCAUUCCAAUCAGACCAGCCCAAGGAUACUCUUCUUAGUGAUCCACAGCAGUGCUAUUAGCAUCAUCAACCAGGUGAUUGGCUGGAUCUACUUCGUGGCCUGGUCCAUCUCCUUCUACCCUCAGGUGAUCAAGAACUGGAGACGGAAAAGUGUCAUUGGCCUGAGCUUUGACUUCUUGGCCCUGAACCUGACGGGUUUUGUGGCUUACAGCGUGUUCAACAUUGGCCUCCUGUGGGUGCCCUACAUCCAGGAGGAGUUUCUCCAGAAAUACCCCAAUGGCGUGAACCCUGUAGACAUUAAUGAUGUCUUCUUCAGCCUACAUGCAGUCACUCUCACCCUGAUCGUCAUCCUGCAAUGCUGCCUCUAUGAGCGAGGCAACCAGCGUGUGUCCUGGCCUGCCAUUGGCUUCCUGGUGCUCUCAUGGCUCUUUGCCUUCAUCACCAUGGUGGUGGCUGCAGUUGGAGUGACCACAUGGCUGCAGUUCCUCUUCUGUUUCUCCUAUAUCAAGCUUGCCAUCACGCUGAUCAAGUAUGUUCCACAGGCCUAUAUGAACUUUCACUACAAAAGCACCGAGGGCUGGAGCAUUGGCAGUGUGUUCCUGGACUUCAUUGGAGGCAGCUUCAGCCUCCUCCAGAUGUUCCUCCAGUCCUACAAUAAUGACCAGUGGACACUGAUCUUCGGAGACCCAACCAAAUUUGGACUUGGCAUCUUCUCCAUAUUCUUCGAUGUUAUCUUCUUCGUCCAGCACUUCCUUCUGUACAGAAAGAAACCGGGGCCUCAGGCAGCAUACUCAGAUCCUGACAGCCAUACCAGGCGGAAUGGGACACUAAGCUUGCAGCCGAAGGCCUUGCCUCAAACCAGUGUUUCUGGGAGCAGCUUGAAGAGCUGACUUUGCCGCUGAGAGAGCCAAGGGCACUUUGCUGCCGCCGCUGUGUUCACAGGAACCAGUCAGUCCUUUGGCGAAUGGACUCAAAGGUGCUGGUGCUGGUGGUGGAGGGGCAAGGACUGUGGGACUAGGCUUGGGGUCCUUUCUCUGAAGGCCACAUGCCUGAAACUCGUUCUGCAAAACUCAGCUUCCACAGCUGCAGUAAUGAGUGGCCUGGAACAGGGCCUGAGCAUUGGGGUACCUGCCAGAUAGGUUCUGCCCCGUGUCCUCUCUCUGGAUAUCGGUCUACAAUCACAGAGUUUAAGGAGGGAUGUUUCAGAGAUGGUUUGCCCUUCCCUGCCUUCACUUUCCUAAUGAAUUAGGGCCCUGUCUGAGUACCCUACUACUCCUAACUUAGCACCAGCUUGUGCCUUAGAGGCCUGCCCACUUGCUAAGUGGUGACAGCAGCUCCCCAGGGAGGGGAGGGCAGGUCCCCUUCCCUUGAUUUUCCCCAGAUACCUGAAGACUUCAGAGUUUUGGCCUCAGAGAAACUGAAUUCAGGAGCCCAACCCAGAUCUCACACUUCCUAACUUGCCCCCAGCUGGUGUCUUCCCUGGGACUGAGGGGAGGGAGCUGGAAUGUGCCUUGUAUGACCUGAGUUUGCCAAGCCACUGUUUUUUACAAGUACCUGUGCCUUUUUUUUUUUUGUCUUAAUUGCUUUCUGUGUCCUAUUUGGGCGGGGCCAUAUCCUUAAUUAAAGCUUGGCUUAUUUCCUUUGUGCA